GAUUCAAGUGUAUAUUUUACAUUCCCUGCAGCAAUUCAGCACUGGCACAAAAUCAUCAUGCAGACGACUGCGACGCCGACAGAGCCGAACGUAACGGAGGCAGAGCCGAAUGCAACGACGGCAAAGCAUCUUUUUAGCGCUGAAAGAAAGGUUAAAAGUUAGAUGCCAUUGGCAAUGGAGGUAUUCGAGCUGCGUUUCGGUACAAACUGUUAGGCUGGCAAAAAUCACAGAGGAAAUCUCAGCUAGGCAGCAGACGCUUAAAACUAUAGAUUUUGCUGAUAUUGUGGACCAAAUCGUGGCGGUAUUUCCCUCGAAGAACUGGAGAGACGUUUACUACAGGCCCCGUAGCCUUACACAAAAGCAUCCUGCAGGAAAACUGUACUGGAAGUACGCAAAUCUAAUGUCAAAGCUUUUGAAGCGCAGACGAUCCGGUCAGUUACAGGAAUCCGUUCCUGUGUCCUAAACCAGUAGUUUUGCUGACAUAACUAGCUUUGCUUUGAAAGCAGAGUUAAAGCGAGAAAUUUCCGAUUGGAUCUCAGAGUGUCAAAAAUGGAGGCAGUACCAUGCCCAACGCAAAAAAGACAUCGAUUUGCGGGAUGGUCCACAAUUUUUA